AUGGCUAUGAUGAGAACAAAAACGUUGGCGACACGCACGAAUCACGCGUUGCGCUUGUCAAAAACCGGAGCUGCGGUGAAAAUGAUGUUGUCACGUAUUAAUUUGGCUACUCGUGGAAUCAAUUGUGAGACAGAGUAUGGAAAGCGAAUGAAUGAUUUGUCGCGACGUAUCUUCAGUGAACCACAACGAACAACUGAAUCGAAAAAUCUGAAAGUUGUAAGAGUUAUGUCGGAAGAGCCGUUGGAACAACAACCAUUCAAAUCAAUUGAUUAUUAUCCUAAUCAACCGAUGUUCCACUAUCUAACAAAAAUGUUGCGGUUCCAUGGUCUUUAUUUUGAUGAACAUGUUGUAUGGAGAGAAGUACAGAUGAAUGUUGAUGAAUCAUGUGGAAGUAUGAUCUCAACAGGACAAUUAUAUCACGAGAAACAACGAAUGCAGCUCUGUUUGGUGCAUACAUUAAAUACGUUGUUGCAGAGAAAUGAAUUUAAGAAGAUUGAUUUGGAUUGUAUCGCGGAAAAUUUACAUAGUUCUCGCUGGUUCAAUCGACAUCGUUCAAUGUUCGGCUUUGGUAAUUAUGACAUUAACGUGUUGAUUGCGGCGUUGGAAACAAAAAAUCUAAUGGUGAACUGGUUCGAUUCGAGACGUUCCACUACUUGUUUGGACUUUUCCAAGAUUUUCGGUUUUAUAUUCAAUAUCUCAUCGCGUGGCUUUAUACCACUCUGGACGGGACAUCACUGGUUUACUGUACGACAAAUAGGUGUUGCUGGAUUUUUCAAUUUCGACUCAAAAUUAAACGAACCAAUGCCAAUUAAUGAUAUUGUUGCAUUUUCGGAUUCAUUAUUAGCAAAAGGAGCUCAAUUAAUGGUUGUUGUUGAACCUCAAAAUGCUAAUAGUUAUUUCUUGAAUAGUGAAUAUUUGGUUUGA